AUGGACCGUUCCAUCACAUUAUACGAAGAAGAAAAAACGGUUUCAAAGGUUGUUAAACAAUGUCCAAAUCAUGCUUCAAUGAAGGUAAGUGGCUUGGAUCACCCAUUUCCGUCUCAUUUUCUGCGAUGUGAGAACAUACAAGCAAGGUAUACAGAGGACCCUACGACUAGUAGGCAGAGUGUGAGUGUGCCGUAUGAAAACCCACAAGUUGGAACUGAGUACAUUACCUAUCUUUAUGCGUUUAUGUGUUUCACUUCUUGCGUGGGAGGACUAAAUCGUCGCCCAAUACAAGUGAUCUUUCAGCUGGAGAAGGACAACGUAGUGUUGGGACGUAGAGUACUUGAUGUCAGAAUAUGUGCCUGCCCUGGUAGAGAUAGAAAGUCAGACGAAAAAAGAUGUCACCCUCCACCAAAACAAAUAAAGAGAGGUGCUAGUAAAACUGCUGGGUUUCAGAUGUCAGUUGGCUCUAAAAGGCGAAAGGGAGACGACGAUGUUUACACAUUGAUUGUCCGAGGUCGGGAAAAUUAUGAAUUCCUUUUGAAGAUGAAAGAAGCACUUGAAUUGAUGAGUUACAUACCUCAGAAGACACUCAACCAAUAUAGGGCACAGCAACAGAGACAACCUGAUGCCCGGUACCACUCAAAUGCUGAAAAUGGUGGUUUUGAUGAAACUGACAGCAAGAAUACUUUGCCGUCCCAGUCGUCGUUGACCAAUUGUCCAUACAAAAUAGAGAGUCAAAGUUUCACACAUCAGUCUGUGAUGUCACAAGCCGAUACAUCUACUACCAAUCAGAUGCCAACAAAUUUCUCACAGUCCUCCAUUCCAGACAAUAGUAUUAAUGAAUGGCUAUCCAAGUUUGGUUGUGAAAAUUAUUCAGAGAUUUUCAAGAAAAAGGGGUAUUUAUCUAUUCACCAGUUAGAUGAUAUUACAAUUGAGGAUCUUGAUGAUAUGAAAAUAUCUCCACAACAGAAGGACAAAAUCUGGAAAGCUAUUAUUGAUCACCGAGCUGCUGAUAACUUUUCCAGUACACCUAGUAUGUUGCAAACAGGAAGCAAUGUGUCAACAGUGAGUCUGCACAGUCAGAGUGGGGAGAAUCACCAGCAAGUGUACCGUGCUACAAGGUUUACAUUAAAACAAGUCCUGUCAGUCAAACUAGAAAAAGACAAGGACACUUCGCCAUGUAAAAAAGAGAUGAAAGAAGACAUCGGAGAUGAAAGAAGACAUGGAAGAUGGGGACACCCCCUGUAG